UUCUGUCAUAUGAUUACCUUGUUUUCUGCGAGGUCCCAGGAUCGUGGUCACGUGGGUCAACAGUCUUCGUGGUUGACUUACACUUGAGCCAGACACGUCAAUAUCAUUAUCACUCACUGAAAGCCAUUUUACCGCACUGGGGUACCGGUAAUAAUCUGCUUACCCUGAUGGUCCACGUCCUGUCGAUGGGUUGCUUGAAGUGUUCGGGAGAACCUCUUGUAGGUCGAUUCAUGGACACUGGAGAACUCGUGCACGCAAUCAAUAAUGAUUGUGGUCACAUGAAACGAGCCUAUCACUCAGAUCUUGCCGGGUGUCAAUUAUUUAAAAUGCGAACGUGCGUCAGGUAGAGUCUGACUCCACAUGCUGCCCUUUUAUGUUUAGAAUACCAUCUGGUAAUGCCGCGUAAAGCCCAGGCUAUAAGUACCACUAUACCGAAGCUAGGCCUCUAGGGUGGCGCAGACUCAAGGCAGCACGCCACAAUGCUCCCCUUUUCGAGGUUGUCUGGUUUCAUAUUACUAGCUUCCUAUCAAGUACGAGCGAGUUCUAUCAGUUCCACCACGUACACUGCUUCUGGCGCCUUUCCGACCUCGUUAUAUGGGUCGUACUGGAAUGACCCUACUGCCACUUCGGCGCAGCCCCAGCCCGUGAUAACCGAUCCUGUGACUAAUGAGAUAUUCCCCUAUGAGCUGACAGAUCCUGCCAACUUCCCAAAGAAUGAUACUGUGGACCCUCACCCGCUGCCAACGCAAGCGACACCUUCGCAGCUUAUGGAACAAGCUCUUACGCAAAUCAUAGCGAUUGCUACCAAUCCAGUUUUCGGCGAUGAUACCUGCACAAAGUGCCAAGCCUCUCUCGCAAUUGCCAAAAUGCUCGUGCUUGGGGCUCCUGAACAGGGCCCCUUACUUGCUGAGGCAGUCUGCCAGUACUUCGACUACUCGACAACGUGCUACGAUGAAUAUAGCGCGCUUGCGCUCGGUUCAACGUUUUCACAAGUUCUUGCGCUGGCCAAUGCUGGCGGAUAUGACGGCCAGAACCUUUGUUCGCAUAUUGACCUGUGCUCCGUGCCGCCAGCGGUUCCGCUUAACAUGACUGGCUGGUUCGCAACACCGAAACCAAAUCCGCUGCCACCUCCGAUACAACCCAGCGGGGAGCGUCUGAAGGUCUUCCACAUUUCUGAUAUUCACCUCGACCCUCGCUACGCGAUAGGAUCCGAGGGUAACUGUUCCGCAUACAUGUGCUGCCGUGAAAACGCCUUCAAUGCAGCGACUCCCGACCAGAUCGUCCUUCCUGCAGCGCGCUUCGGAAGUUAUUGGUGUGAUUCUCCAUUGGACUUGAUGGCUGCGGCGAUGGAAGCCAUCGGUCCUCUCACUGGCACAGAACAGGGUGGUUUUAACUUCAGCAUCUUCACUGGUGACUUGACUGCGCACGACUCCGACAACCAAUAUUCAAGGGCCUAUGUUGAGUAUGAAGAGGUUGUGUUUUACGGCUUGCUGAAGAAAUUCGCUGGGCCCGCGCCUGUCUACCCGACGAUCGGAAACCACGAUACCUACAUGCAGUUCCAAAUGAUCCCCUACACUAUGGGCGGUACUCUCGGGACGCAAUUCAACUGGCUGUAUGAACACAUUUCUUCUAUGUGGCAGUACGAAGGCUGGCUUCCUGAAGCGUCGGUCGCAUAUGCUUCAACCCACUACGCUGCAUAUAGUGUGACACGCCCGGACGGCCUCAAGAUCAUCUCACUUGACACCAACCUUUGGUAUACUGACAACUACUACUCAUAUAUCAACUCUACGGAACCUGAUCCGUACGGUAUCUUGCGAUUCCUCACGGACGAGCUACAGGCUUCUGAGGAUGCCGGUGAAAGAGUAUGGAUUAUCGGACAUGUGUUGAGUGGAUGGGACGGAACUGCAUCGCAGGUCAAUCCGACCAACCUAUUCUACCAGAUUAUUGACCGCUUCUCGCCUCAUGUCAUUGCCAAUAUCUUCUAUGGCCACACCCACGAGGACCAGCUUUCUGUAGGUCUUUUGCUUUUGUUCAAGUUUUGGCGUGGUUCAUGCUUCAACUAUCCGCAGAUCUUCUACGCUAACAAUGGCACAGUCAUGACUGCUGAGACUGCGUUGACCGCAUCUUGGAUUGGGCCGUCACUCACUCCCUUGACAAAUCUCAACUCUGGAUUCCGUAUGUACGAAAUAGAUUCCGCUACUUUCGACGUCCUAGAUGCAUACACUUAUGUCAGCAAUGUGAACGAGUUCCCAGCGUUGGACAAUCAGACUCAGGUCGGCCCGUCGUACUAUCUAGAGUACAGUACCCGUGAUGCAUACGGGGGAAACAUCACUUGGGGCGCAAACGACCCCCUCAACGCAACAUGGUGGCACCUUGUUACCGAACAAAUGCUGGUCGAUCCUACUCUAGUCCAGACAUUCAACACAUACCAAUCAAAGAGCUCUGUCGCGGGCCUGGACUGCACUGGGGAGUGUAUCCCUGCUAAAACAUGCUAUAUGCGCAGCGGUUCGAGUAGCCUGGCGUAUCAGAACUGUCCUGCUGGAUACUCUUCGACGCAGUAAAAGAGUACAAUGAUCACAUGUAUAACUACAGCAGUGUAAUGAUAGUGAUGCCGUGCAAACUUCUCGGAGAAUGCAUCAAGUCUGAUAUCAAU